UUCAAACAUUCAAAGCGAGCGAGCGAUUGAGCGCGGGACACGGCGGUGACGAUGGACGAGAACAACAACACCCUUGAUGGCGCCGUGAUGAUGGGAAGUACGAACCGCGGGUACGCGAUGGACUUUGGUGAUGUGUUCCAGAAAAAGCCCGUGUCCUCGCGGUCGGCGUUGUCGUCGUCGUCCCACCCAUCGAAUAACGAAAACGUCGACAACAACGCCAACGCUGUCUUAGCGAGCUCAUUCCAGCCAACAGCUCAUCGCACUGUUGGUGGUCGUGGCACGAAGGAGUGGCAACUUCCUCACUACAACACUAUCGAGGAGAACGCCGCGUACCUGAACCGACAGCUCGAGCUGCAGCAAUACGGAGUCCACGACGCGUUCACGUCGCUCGUGUUCCGUGCGUCAGCCGACGACGACGUCGAAGUUCGCCGCGUGAUGGACUGCGUGCAUUGGUUGCUGCAUUCCCGCCGCGAAGAAAUGCACAAGUCGGACGAAAUGGCCGAGCAGUUUAUUCGGUACGACAAGGACAUCCAACGCAAAAACAACCAAAUCCAAGCGUUAACCGCGCAAGUUGAAGCCGAGCGCAAGACCUGUACUGAUCUGGAGAACCAAAUGAACGCCAAGGAUGCCGCGUAUGCCAAGGAGCGUCAACUGUUCAAAGAAGACAAGCGAUCCCUCGAACGGAAAUGCAUCCAAUUGACCCACGUCGACACGAAUUACAAAGCUCAGCUGCGAAAAAGCGAAGUCAACUACGAGCGGUUGCAGAAACAGUACAGCGCAUACCUUGCAAAGUCCUCUUCCGAUAAACGGGGCAUGGCGCUAGGAAAGGAGCUCAAUGGCAAGCCCACGUGUAUUCAAAUCCGCAAUGCAUCGACCAACCAGGCCACCAUUCCAGGCGAACACAACAUUCUCAACACGAUGAUUCGGUCGUACGAGGUGCAGCAUACGGCGCUAUUGCAAGAAAACGAAGCAUUACGGGCGAGUGUGGCCCAGUUUUACGCCGAAUUGAAGCAAGCGACAACCGAAUACCGCGCCGCGGCCAAGUGGUUUCUGCAUCGCCAUGGCAACGCGGUGUCGCAAUGGGAGGAGCAGCUGCAGCUCCCGGUCGUGGACGAGUCCAAGCUUGCGAAUGCGUUCACGAUGCCUCUGCCUGUCGACGGCCGGGAGAAUCUGCUUGUUGUGCUUCAACACCACCUGACGCUGUUGCGUACCAAAAUUGCACGAUUGAUGGACGCCACACAAGACCGCGACCGGGCGGCGAUGGAAGCGCGUCUGCAAGAAGCAUAUGGGGUAAUGCAAGAGCAAGACGCGAUGCUCCAAGUGGUUUUGGCUCAAGACAAACAUGUGACACGGCGGAGCGACCGGUUGGAGCUGAGUGCACUGGAAGACAUGCUGGAAGAAGUCGCCCUUGAGCGGCAAGAGCUGGCCAUCAAGGCGGAGCACAUGGCGUCAGAGCGAGAGCAGUUCAGUGUCCAGGCAGAACGGCUGGACAAGGACCGGCUCGAGUUUGAGUUUGAACGACACGAUGUGCUGAUAACGCGAGGCACCCCGUCCGAGUUUGUUGACGGCGGCAAGAAGCGGCAUCGGAUGGACUCAAGCCACCGCCCAAGCCAAGGCGGCGGCAGCUCCGUCGAAUCUCCAUUUGCAAAACCACGUGAUGAUGGGAACAACAUGUCGGCGUCGUCGGGGUUGCACUUGCCACCGACGCCGGCGACAGCGAGGUUGUUGCAGCGGAUUGGGAUUGUCAACGAGGAUCAAAUCAUGAGUCCAAUUGCAUCGACGGGGCGAGCGCAAGGAUUGUUUACGGGUUCCGAGCCGGAGUAUUUUUAUUAAUAUGUUGCACAAGAGUUUUUUUAAAUUGUG